AUCAGGUGUUUUUUUACUGUAGUCUGUCGGUCAUUGAUGAGACAUGCUGGUUCGGUGCAGGAUUGUGACUCUUUGCUGACCUUUCUGAGAAUCGGAGUUUUCCAGCAGCAACAUCAUGGCGACUGCAGAACCUGGUAACGAUGAUGUUAAAUCCCAACACCGCAGCAGAAGUCCCGACUUUCACCGUCCUUCCUUUUCAGAUCAGCCUCUGAAGCGCAGCAGCAGCUUUGACAUCCUGCGUCCUAACAUGUCUGCUCUCAGGAUUGUACUGGUGGGAAAGAAUGAAGACAAAAAGGCCAAACUUUUUAACUUCAUCCUAAAGAAUCCAGAAAAUCAUCUUCAGAAAUAUGUCCCAGUGAAACACUGUGUGGCCUCCUGUGGAGAAUGGGGAGACGCUUCUGUCAUCAUUGUGAAAUCUCCAGAUAUGUUCACUUUGUCUGAGAAAAUGUUGAUAAGAGAAGUGAAGAGGUGCAAGAGUCUCUGCUUCCCGGGGCCAAAUGUUCUGCUGUUGGUUGAGCCUUCUGAGUCUGAGAAAAAAAAAGAAAAACUGAGGUCUAUCCUGAAUUUGUUUGGAGAAGAUGCCUUCAAAUUUUCUAUGGUCAUCCUGGCAGAAAAGAAGAGUGAAGCAAGUAAUCAGCUCAUUAAGGAAUGUGGAGGAAAUAAGUAUCAAAUGUCUGAAAAUAACCAUCAACAACUAAUGGAGAAGAUUGAGAGCAUUGUGCAUAAAAACAAAGGAGCCUUUCUCACCAUCGAAGGAGAGAUAAGAAUACUUACAUCUGAACACAUGAAACCAUCUUUAAACCUGGUUGUGUUUGGGAGGAGAGGAGCAGGGAAGACUUCAGCAGUCAAGGCCAUUUUAGGUCAGACAGAGCUUCCUUCAGCCUCCAGCUCAUCAGAGUGUGUUAAACAUCAGGGAGAGGUGUGUGGACGUUGGCUUUCCCUGGUGGAGAUGUCUGCUUUGUAUGGAAAGCCUCAGGAGGAAGUGAUGGAGGAAUCAUUCAGGUGCGUCUCCCUCUGUGAACCUGAGGGGGUCCACGCCCUCAUCCUGGUCCUACCUGUGGGUCCCCUCACUGAUGAAGACAAGGGAGAGUUGCGGACCAUCCAGAACACAUUCAGCUCUCAAGUCAAUGACUUCACCAUGAUUCUGUUCACUGUGGAGUCAGAUCCUGCAGCUCCAGCUGUUGUUGACUUUAUUCAAGGCGAUAAAGACAUCCAGGAGCUCUGUGAGAGCUGUGGAGGAAGAUCUGUUGUUCUCAACAUCAGCAACAACCAACAGGUGGCAGAUGUGUUAAAUGCUGUGGACAAAAUUAGAUUAUCAAAGCAUAAACCAACCAGUUUUACAACAGUAACAUUUACACUUGCACAGAUAAAAAAAGUUGUACAGCAAGAGAAAAACAUCACCAGCCUACAAGCUAAACUUUCACAUCUGAAGGCACUGAACACAGUCACAGAUGAUGAGCAGCAGCAGAGCUCAGAGAGUCUCAGGAUUGUGCUGAUUGGGAAGACUGGCAGUGGGAAGAGCUCCUCGGGGAACACAAUCUUAGGAAAGAAGGUGUUUAAAGCUCUGCCGAGUCAAACAUCAGUCACUAGAACCUGUCAGAAAGAGUGGAGUGAAGUGGACGGUCGUCCUGUUGUUGUGAUCGAUACGCCCGGUUUGUUUGACACAUCUCUGUCUCAUGAGGAGGUUAAUGAUGAGCUAGGGAAGUGCAUCAAUCUCCUGGCUCCAGGACCACAUGUCUUCCUGCUGGUGUUACAGAUCGGCAGACUCACAGAGGAGGAGAAGGAAACUUUAAAUCUCAUCAGGAAAGUUUUUGGGAAGAGUUCUGACAAGUUCACCAUCAUUCUUUUCACAAGAGGAGACUCUCUGGAACAGGAUGAGCUGUCAAUUAAAGAUUACAUUGCAAAACAGUGUGAUGAUUCAUUUAAGAAACUAAUCUCUGACUGUGGACAAAGAUACCACGUGUUCAAUAACUUCAGUAAAGACAACCGCACACAAAUCAGUGAGCUGGUAACGAAGAUCGACAACAUGGUGAAGGAUAACAAAGGCCGUUACUACACCAAUGAGAUGCUGCAAGAGGCUGAAGCAACGAUAAAAAAGGAGGUGGAGAGAAUCCUUAAGGAAAAGGAGGAGGAGAUGAAGAGCCAGAGAGAGGAACUUGAAAGAAAACACAAGGAAGAAAUCCAAGCAAUGCGAAGAAGGAUAGAAGAACAGGCAACAAAAACCGAACGGGAGAGAAAACAUAGAGACAAACAGCUGAAAGAACUGCAGGAGGAGAUCAACAGGCUGGCUCAGGAGAGGAAAAACGAACAAGAAAUCCGAGCUCAUGAAGACCGACUGAAGAGAAACGAAGAAGAAAAACAACACCGUGAUUUACAACAAAGAAUUGAACAACUGGAGCAAAAACUAAGAACUGAGUCUGAAUCCAAGGAAAUGAUUGACAGAGAACUGGCAAAUUGUAGACAAGAAAUGAGAAAGCAACAGGAAACAUGGGAGAAAAAAAGGGAAGAAUUAAAGGAAAAACAAAUGCAAGAAGAUUUAGAGAAGCAAGAGACACUCAGGAAGCUUCAGGAGAAAUAUGAACACGAAAGGAAAAGAUCUGAAUGCGAAAGAAAAAAAGAGGAAAGAAUGAGAAAAGAACAGGAGGAGAAAGAACGGAAAGAGUUAGAGGAGAAAUAUAGGGGAGAAAUCCAAAACCUCCAGAGGGGUUUUGAAGAGAAGGCCAGAGAACAGGCAGAACAAUUUAAUGAGUUUAAAGACAAAAAGGAAAGAGACUUUGCAGCUCUGAUAGAACAACACAUGGAGGAAGUGUUGAAGCUGAAGGAAGCCGAGCAGCUGAAGCAGCAAGAACAUGAAAGAUUUAAGGAUCUGUCAGAGCAUAAAGAAAAAGAUCUGAAGCAAAAACUGGAUGAACUGCAGAGCAAACAUAAAGGAGAAAUGGUCGAUUUAAUCCUGGCGCUUCUCACCGAAAAGAAAGAAAACAAGAAAAGAAUUAGGUCUAUGCAGCAAACACACAAAAAGGAGGUGGAGAACCUCAGAAAGCAACUUUCUGCUGAAAACAAACGACAAGAAAAUGAACAAAUUGAAAAGUUAAAGAAAAAACACAGAAAGGAAAUUAAAGACUUUGGCAAAGAGUGUUCAACCCAGAACAAGGAAGACCAGAGGAUAGAAAGAAACAGGAUGUCCAUCAAGCAUGACCAAGACGUGAAUGAUUUGAAACUGAAGCUUCUGAAUCAACAGCAAGAAAACACGACAGAUCAAGUCAAAGUGUUGGAGCAAAAACACCAACAACAACUGAACCAGUUCAGACAACAACUCCUGGAAGAAAAUCAAAGAAAUGAAAAAGAGAAAGUUGAAGAACUUCAGAUGAAACACAAAAAAGAAAUGAAUGAGUUUAAACAACAAGCUGAGACCCCACAUGGAGACGUAAACAGGGAAGAGCUGGAUGAACUGCAGAAAAAGCACGAAAAAGAAAUAAGCGAGCUGAAAGCAAAACUUUUGGCCCAAGAGGAGCAACAGUCCUGCUGCAUCGCCUGAGGAAAGCUGCCGGUCUGGGACCAGAGGACCUGAGGAAAGCUGCCGGUCUGGGACCAGAGGACCUGAGGAAAGCUGCCGGUCUGGGACCAGAGGACCUGAGGAAAGCUGCCGGUCUGGGACCAGAGGACCUGAGGAAAGCUGCCGGUCUGGGACCAGAGGACCUGAGAAAAGCUGCCAGUCUGGGACCAGACGACCUGAGGAAAGCUGCCGGUCUGGGACCAGAGAUGCACAGCAUUCCUUCCAGCUUCCUUUACAAUCACUCUGCACCUGAAAACUCCCUUUCAGACUUCCUGGUUCACCACAUUCUUCUGGAGGUCCUUCUCAGAUAAUCUUGGAAGUGAAUAUAUCAUUUAUUGACAAUAACAUUCCAAAAUACCACUGUUGGUCUAUAAAGCUUUAAAGGCUAGUACUAAAUUACGUUUCAGAGCUUUAUGUCCCCUCUAAGCUAGCUUAGCUCAUCAGGUAAACGUUCGCUUUAUGUCUUUACAUUUCAUACUCUUCAAUGAAAAGCAGCUUUUGGCGUUAAUGCACCUUUUAUGUGGAAUUACUCGCAGAUCAGCUUUAAUCAAAUGAAACUCACCUGUUAAUGCUGCAUUUGCUGCCUUUUGCUUUUCCUGGAUGUCAAACUUUGCAGUUGACUUAUUGUGUUCUUAUUUUAUGUUAGGGUGUUCAUACUCAUGCACAUGUUUAAAGCAGAUUUUGAUGAUUUAAAUAAAAUUAUAUAAAAAAUGGAUCAAAAAGUCAA